AUGAUGAAGCCUUAAUUAAGCGAAGUUCACGGCAGUUUCCACUAGCCCACACGAUCAAUUACACCCAAAAAUUGCCUGUAAAUCCGCCACGUGUCCACCUCUUCGCCGGAAGUCGUACCUCCGCCGCUAACCAAAACCCAAUUCUUUUUUUUGCUUUUGAAGUUAUUAUAUUCCCCAAAAGAAAAGAAAUUUAACCCCGACAGACCAAACCCACCACUGUCUGUCUCUCAGAUCUGAGCCUUUUUCUUCCCCAAAGAGAAAACAAGUUCUGGGUUCGAACCAACCAUGGAUGCGAAGCUGAUUCAGCGACUGGAGUCGGCUGUGGCUCGGCUCGAGUCCUUGUCCACUGGAUUCCGGCCCGGUGGUGCACCGGAGAGCGGCGAGGAUGCGGUGUCCGACCCCUCGAUUCUGGGUUUUGACGAUAUGAUGGGACAGUACUUUGCAAGGGUUUAUAGCGCCGCCGAGAAAAUUGGGGGUCGGGUUCUUACGGUCACUGAGAUUUUGAAAGAGGCCUUCUCUGUUCAAAGGGAGCUUCUUGUCAAGAUCAAGCAAACUCAGAAACCUGACUUGGCAGGCUUAGCUGAAUUUCUGAAGCCAAUAAACGAAGUUAUUAUGAAAGCAAAUGCACUUACAGAAGGAAGGAGAUCUGAUUUCUUCAACCAUUUGAAAGCAGCAGCUGAUAGUCUAUCUGCUUUAGCUUGGAUUGCAUUUACUGGAAAAGACUGUGGUAUGAGUAUGCCGAUCGCCCAUGUCGAAGAAAGUUGGCAAAUGGCUGAAUUCUACAACAACAAAGUUCUGGUAGAGUACCGAAAUAAAGAUCCCGAUCACGUCGAGUGGGCCAAAGCUAUGAAAGAGCUCUAUUUGCCAGGUUUAAGGGACUAUGUCAAAAGUUUUUAUCCUUUGGGACCAGUAUGGAGUGUUACGGGGAAAAACGCUGCUGCUGCUGCUGCUCCUCCUCCUCCUAAAACAUCAGCACCACGCACCCCGGCCGCACCUCCGCCCCCUCCAGCCUCGCUUUUCAGCUCAGAACCUUCUCAAGCUUCAUCUUCCAAGCCAAAACAAGGGAUGGCUGCUGUUUUCCAAGAAAUUAAUUCCGGGAAGCCUGUGACUUCAGGUCUUAAGAAAGUUACAGACGACAUGAAGACGAAGAACCGUGCAGAUAGAGUUGGUGUUGUUGGUUCCAGUGAGAAAGGUGGCCGUACCGCAUCGCCUUCGUUUUCCAAAGCAGGUCCUCCAAAGUUAGAACUUCAAAUGGGUCGAAAGUGGGUCGUCGAGAACCAGGUUGGAAGAAAAAACUUGGUCAUUGAUGAUUGUGAUGCUAAACAAUCUGUAUAUAUCUUUGGAUGCAAAGAUUCAGUUUUGCAGAUUCAAGGGAAGGUCAACAAUAUAACGGUCGACAAGUGCACGAAAAUGGGUGUCGUAUUCACGGAUGUUGUGGCUGCAUUUGAGAUUGUUAACUCCAACAGUGUUGAAGUGCAAUGCCAGGGUUCUGCUCCAACUAUUUCUGUGGACAAUACUGGAGGCUGUGUAUUGUAUUUAAGCAAAGAUUCUUUGGGGACUUCCAUUACGACUGCCAAGUCGAGUGAGAUCAAUGUUUUGGUACCCGGGUCGGACGGUGAUUGGGUUGAGCAUGCUUUACCGCAACAGUUCGUUCAUUCGUUUAAGGACGGGGGCUUCGAAACCACUCCGGUCUCUCACUCAGGAGGGUGAAUUUGAGUUUGAACAGAUAAUCUCUCUUUUCUUCGAUUUUACUUUAUUUAUUUGCUUGAAUGGAUGGAGAGUGGCUUUUGUUUCGAUUUUUUUUCGCCUUGAUUCAAUUGUUACAGUAAACUACAUCUGGUGUUUGAUAGUCUUAUUUCAUUGGGUUGGAAACCUCUAAGUUUUCGUUUCAUUUUUCAAACGAAAUUUGGCGGUGUUUGUGGGACGAUAUGUCGUGUAACAAAGUUCUAUUUUUCGUUGUUUGUGCUGUAAUGAGUAUCUAUCAACUUCUAGUCUUGGUUUGAGAAGAAAACAGAGAAAGCUCUUCCCUCCCUCCUUAUUGUGCACUGUUCUUGCCUAACCUCCACAAGCUCGAGUUCCAGAGGAUUCGGUCACCUUCUGAAGCGGGUCGAAAAUGAGUUCAAGAGGAAGGGAUUGGUGCAGAAAGUACUGAAACAAGGUACACUGAUUAUGAGAUGUUUUUGUUAAAGCCCUUUGGCUCUUUUCUGGCGUUGCAUUCAGUUAAACUGUUGUUUGUGGAACUUUAAAAAUGCAUUGACGAGUGAAAUUAAGAAGAGGUGCAUUGA